AUGAAGGCCACACUGAACGGAAUCGUGCUCGCCGAGUCCGGCAACACUACGGUUGUCGAAGGCAAUCAUUACUUCCCGCCUGGGUCCAUCAAGAAGGACUUGUUCAAGCCCUCCAGCACGACCACACAUUGUCCUUGGAAGGGCAACGCAAGCUACUACAACGUCGAAGUCGAUGGCAACACCAUCAAGGAUGCAGCGUGGUACUAUCCCAAUGCGUCCGAGAAGGCCAAGAACAUCGAGAACUACGUUGCCUUCUACAAGGUGCGUUCGGGCGACGUCCGCGAAAGCUCCCAUCCUCACCUUACCAAUCACAGAACAAGGUGA